GUCCCUGGUGGACUCGAGGCGCGACGCCACCGCGGAGGAGGAAAAAUAAAACAUGGAGGAAGAGACCAGAUGAGAUGACGGGUCUGAACUUUGAUCGAGUUGAAGAUUGAUAUUAUCACUGAGCUCUGUGACGCGACACAUCUGUGGAAACAAAGGGAGGAGCCGCACCCAUGAUCAUCUGUCCUGUGGUCAGAUUCCUCUGCUUCACCCUGAGCUGCUGCUGCGAGUCCGAUCACUGAGAUACGAGCUGGAAUCCGCAGAUCUGAUCAGGUUUCCAGUAUGGCACGACGCUCUCAGUGUUCCUCUGCUGGGGAUAAUCCCCUGGACCCCAACUACCUCCCUCCUCACUAUCGGGAAGAGUACCGCAUAGCUAUCGACGCACUGGUUGAGGAGGAUUUGGAGGGAUACUAUAAGUUCCUCCAGUUUGUCGAUGUGGUGGACUUCCUGUCCACGCCUGAGAUUCAGUACAUCCAGGGAUCUGUUCAGGCCCCUCAUCAGAGCCACCACCCUGAACAACCCGUCCUGGAGACCGGGGCAGAUGGCUCCUCAGACACUUACUGGCCGAUUCACUCGGACCUGGAAGUCCCGGGUCUGGACCUCGGCUGGCCUCAGUUGCAUCACUUCAUCGGGCCCACGGAGAUCACCACACUGGUCAGCCCCCCUGAGCCUGACAUGCCGAGCAUCAAGGAGCAGGCCCGGCGACUUAUCAAGAACGCUCAGCAGGUCAUUGCUGUGGUGAUGGACAUGUUUACUGAUGUUGACAUAUUUGCGGAUAUUCUCAAUGCUGCCAUGAGGAAUGUUGCCGUCUACAUCAUUUUAGAUGAGCAGAACACACAUCACUUCGUCAACAUGGUGACCAACUGCAGGGUCGAUCUACAGAGCAUUCAGUUUUUACGUGUGAGGACAGUGUCCGGCGUCACCUAUCACUGUCGCUCAGGGAAAUCCUUCAAAGGUCAGAUGAUGAAUCGCUUCCUGUUGACAGACUGCAGGGCUGUGCUGAGUGGAAACUACAGCUUCAUGUGGUCUUUUGAGAAGCUUCACCGCUCUAUGGCGCACCUUUUCCUAGGAAAGCUGGUGUCAACCUUUGAUGAAGAGUUUCGGAUUCUGUUUGCUCAGUCUCAGCCGCUGAUGCUUGAAAAUGUGCCUGCUGCAAUGGAAGAUUUUGGCCAAUCACAAAAGAGGCAAUAUCUAAGUGAAAGAACUGCACUGCUCAGAGAGCCCAGGAAAUUUCUAUCGCUGGACACCAGUCAUCCAGAGGAACGGACGAGACAUUCCUUUGAUGAACGAAUGAACGUUGACCGAAGAAUGAUGCCGUUCAAAAGACAGGAAGCCCUGCACGGCUCUCCAGAUGUGUACGGUAGAUUUUCCCCCCAGCAACCUCGCAAGGAUCUGCCUUAUGACCAGGGCCCCUCCAGAAUAACCAUGCUUGACAGUUCUGCUUUCAAACGUCACAGUUACGCUGAAGGUGUUCAGGGUCGUUUCUCUUACCCAUUCCUGCAGCAACAGGGGGUGCAGGAGCCUGAGAACCAGGGAAGGCAGUUUCACAGGGGGCAGCAGCCCUACCCAGCGCCUAUAACAGGACCAGAAGCAGAUUACAGUGCCUAUGACAAGUUCUGGGAUCAAGACUUUCAUUCAGCAGAUCAAUACUCUGAACCUGUUAUUUCACAAGAGAUGCAACCACCUGAUAGCUUUGACCCCGUGCUUAACUAUUUAUCAUCUACCAGAAAUGUGGACUUCGACCAGAGCUCGGACAAAUUAGUACCUUCAGCAGAUUUACCGUUUAGUUCACCUCACCCUAGAAGACAGAGUUUAGGUCAGCUAUAUGCUUGUCAAACGUCCCCCCCCCCCUCAAAUCCAACAGAUCAGAAGCAGUUUUUCCAGGAGCCUUACACUGACCGCAAGGACCCCACGGUGAAACGAGGGCUGAGAAGCUGGAGGAUUAGCUCAUACCUCAGUGCAUGUGAUAAUCCAGGAGAUGAAGGCCUGCCUACGGCACCACCUCAGGGACCAGAUCCUUUCGAAGAGACAUCAAACCCAAUACAGCAAACAGCUACAGGCGUAGAUUUAACAUUUCCUAAAAUCCCUAACGUCAGAGAGUUUCGGGUACCUGCAAUACCCAGGGCAAGUCAGAUGCCAAGUUAUGCCAAAACCACUGUGCGAGAGCAGCCAAAAAAAGUGCCAGAUGAACCUCCUGUAGUGGCAGCAGAAACCAAAACAACACCAACACCUUCAGAGUCAUCGUCCACAGCAGAAGUGGAGAAGGCAGAGGAAGUGGAACUGAAAGAGCCCAAAAUCACCGGUCUUCAAAGGGAUGAGUCAUUCCGGAGGAAGUACAACGCUGCAGCACCAAGGAGCUCCAGGUUACGAUCCUCUCUGAUAUUCAGCUCACUUGAGCAGCAGCAUGCUCCUCAAGAUACCAAAACCGCUCAAGGGCAACAGGAUGAGAAAAGUGACACAAACGAAGCAGAACAGACAAAACUGCCUUUUUUUUCACAGGUUUUGGGAAAAAGGCGAGAACCUUUGGAAUGGACACGUUACAUAAAGUCGCACACUAUUGAUAACUCGACCACAGAAACAUCCAAGACAGAAGAUAAAGAUCCAUCAAAGAUAAAAGAUUCAAAUGAUCUUUCAGGAAACAGUACAGGGGAGUCAUUAAAACUACCGGAUGUCGAGCAAGAUAAUUCUUCACCAUCAAUUUCUCAAUCCAAGCCUCCUGAAGCUGAGCUUCCCCAACCUGAUCCACCAGCACAAGCACCCAAAUCUUUGCUCAGCACUCCAGCAUAUAUAGAUAUGAAUGAUCCUGAUGCAAGGUUCAUGUUUUUCAAAGAGCUGGCAGCAAAGCGCAGAGCAGAAAAGGCUGCAGAGGCCGAAAAGAGCAAAGAAAAGGCUCAAAUGAAACCAACUGAUCUCAAAAACAAGACCAGUGAUAAAAAGGAGGAACCUGUUCCAAAAGCCUCUCCAGAAAAGAUGGCUAAUACGUCACCAUCUGGGGAUUCAUCUGAAAAAACCAGUACUCCAGCAUCAUCUUUGUUUGAUGCUGCAGAGACUGAAUCUCCUCUUGAAGACUCAAAGCUGUCAAAACCUACUGUAACAGAGAGUAGCUUAAGUAAUCCACCUACAUCAACAAACAGUGCCCCUGCUGAUGUUUCCUCUCCUGCACAGGGUACAGAUAAACAUGAAAUCUCAAGCUGUGAUUCUAUCCCAAAGGAGUCCAGUUCUCUCACUCCCAGCUCAGUGGAGGUACCAGCUGCAUUGGAUUCUAAAACACAGAUACCUGAAUCAGUACAGGUUUCACCUGCACCGCUAUCCAAACAACCGACUGGAUCAGAAAUGAGUUCUUCUCUCCCGUCAGUUCAAAGCUCUUCCUCUGAUCCCCUCCUGUCAGAUUCUGGUGCACAGAUCAGUCCAAGUCAUCCAACCAAAUCACAAAUGGUUGAAGAAGCCACUGCAGAAUCAACACCCUCUGAGUCUGCGGAGUCUGUUUCCCUGUUGAAGUCAUCUGAGACCCUUUCAGCAAAGGAUUCUGCAAAUUUAGAAUCGGAAAUGUCUGAAAACUCUUGUGCUCCCACACCUCCAGAAAAAGGUGUAGUUAAUUCAGAAACUGCUGCAGAGAAGUCUGAGGUUCUUGCAUCACCAGAGGAAGUCAAAUCUGAUGGCGCACCUCCAAGUCCUAAUCCAUCACCCAAAUCAGCUCUAACUAAUGUAUCUGAUCGGGAAAGCUCCACUUCCAGCCCUGAUCAAAUUAAGACUAUUUCUCUCAACCUCCUGCCUGAUGCCCCAUCAGAAACAUGCUCUCCCGUCAAUCCAGAAAUCACUGCUGAUGCUUCCCAGUCCACAUCAAAAGCAUCUCCACAAGAUGCACUGACGCAAGCAACCCCACCAUCUGAACUUGACCUGACAGGAUCUGUCACUCCUACUCCUGUUGAAACACCAUCAGCUUCCUCUCCUCUAAGUGAGUCGGCUGGGGCAGUUUUGUCCCCUGAGGCUGAAAAAGCAGAAACCAACAUGUCCUCAUGCAGCCCCACAGACACACUCUUUCUCCCCAAGCAGGUUGUUACAGACUUAAAUGAUACUCCAGGAUCGUCUAGCCCAACUGAGCCUACCUCAAAUAUCCCUCCAGAGCCUUCACCUGAAUCUGUGAGUUCAGAAAGUCAACCUUCAGAGCCACUUGAACCUACUGAAAAGAGUAAAGUAGAUCAACAGAGAGAAAUUAGCAAAGAGCCUGACUUGCCUGACCCUGUUGAGAAAAAAGCUGAGGACGUCGAGGCCACAAACAAAGUCAAUAAAGGUACAACACAGGAGUCUGUCAGAAGUGAAAAGACAAAUGAACAACUGAGCCAAAACAACUGCUCGGAAGUGGCAGAGACCAUAACAACCGAAGCCGUUCCUCCGUCACAACAGUCCAAGCAGCAGAAAUCCAGCCAGUCUCGCUACCAGUCAUCAACUGCCAACGUGCUCGCAAGCAGCAACCUCCGAGACGACACAAAGCUGCUCCUGGAGCAGAUUUCUGCCAACAGCCAGAGCAGGAACGAGGCCACCAAAGAGGCUCCUGUCACCGACGACGAGAAAGAAGAUGAAGCUGACAAAAACGCCAAGCGGGAGAAAGAGAGAGGGAUCAGGACGCUGAACAGAGGAGAGCCCAAGUCAACACAGGAGAAGGAGAAGCUGCUGGAGAGGAUCCAGAGCAUGAGGAAGGAGAGGAAAGUUUAUAGUCGAUUUGAGAUGGCACCCUAACUGCUAUCCAAAGAUUGUUGAAGAGAAUAAAGUAGAAAGAAGGUGAACUCUUAGAAAGUGUGAAUGAUGACCGAGACAUUUUCUCACCAAAAACACAAACUUUCCAAUGUUGAAACUGAUACUAAAGAAAACAAUCCUGCUGCCACAUGACAUGAACCAAAGGACAACUUACUCUGGGUGAUGCAACACUUUGUUACCAGUGUGAAAAGUACAUGGACUGAGAAUGUGUGUGAUCAAAUAUAUUUUACUGACUGCAUGGGUAAAGUGCAAUGCCUGUCCUUGCCUAUUUUUUUUAUUUUUAUUUUUUACAGCACUGACAAGUGUCAGCUGUUUUUUAGAGUAAAUGUAAUGUUUAAGUAUAUUGGUGAUUUUAAGUUGGUAAAACUGUAACACACCGUUGUGUGAAUGAUAGUAUUUCUCUAUCAUGUUAAACAAAGGAUGGUGAUUAUGACAUGUAAUUGUGGAUCUGUAAACCCAUAUCCAUGACAGGUGGUUAUUGUUCUGAUGUAAAUAAACUGUAACUUAAAUUCUUUGUCACCUGACCCUUGAAGCAGAAUACCACCUGCAGCAUCACUGUGUCUUAAAAUCUGCUUGUUCAGCCAAAGCACCCAAAGUAUUUGUUACAUAGGAAAUUAAAUUAAUUUUGAUUUGAUGAUUAGAUGAUUUGUGAAACAAACACAAAAGUGAAAAUGUAACUUUUGGCCAAAGCUACCUCAAAACAUGAGGUUACGUUUUGUAAUGUGCUGCAACCAACUCUUUUCUUGACCCUGUGAUUUUUCUUAAUGAAAGCUGUCUUAACUUACCUGAAGUUCUGAAAUCUGCUCAGAAUUGACACGACAGUAUGUAGAGCGCAACAGUUACACACUUGUGAGUGAGUGUGAAUGAUUUAUGAUGCCUGACUCAUGAUGCCUGUCCUCAGCAAUAUUUGUCAUUUGUAAAUAAAAUGUU